AAGUGCAGCGAAUUUGUACAGAAUUUAAAAGUAAAUAAUUUAAAGAAAAUUCUAGAAAUUUUAAAAUAAGAAUUACAAGAUGUCAACAUCAACUAAAGAAAAAGUUAGUGGCGAAAUUAAUGCUGCAAACGAGGAAAACAAACCCAUAUUUCGAGACAUCGAUGCAGAUGACACAGCCGCCGAGGCUACUGAAAUUGAAUCGGCAUGUAUGAAUUGUUUUAAAACGGGAGUCACGCGUUUGUUGUUAACAAAAAUUCCAUUCUUUAAAGAGGUGGUUAUAAUGUCUUUCAAAUGUGAAUUUUGUGGCUAUGAAAACAAUGAAAUUCAAUCCGCCUCCGAGGUGCAGAGAAAAGGUGUCAGCAUAAUAUUGGAGGUUAGAGAUUCUAAAGACCUAAAUCGCCGUGUUGUUAGAUCGGAUUAUACAUUAGUUAAGAUACCCGAAGUGGAAUUAGAGAUACCAUCGCAAUCCCAAAAGGGAGAAAUAACUACUGUCGAAGGCAUUAUUGAUAGAACAGUACGUGGCUUAAAUCAGGAUCAAGAUAAGCGCAGAAUAGAACAUCCGGAGGAAGCAGCAUCAAUUGAUGCAUAUAUUGAACGUUUGAAUAAUUUGAAAGAACUUAAAACCCCAUUUACAUUAAUAGUAGAAGACAUAAGUGGUAACUGUUUCAUUGAAAAUCCAAUGGCUCCAUCUACAGAUCAUAAUGUUAAAACCAGACAAUUUGCUCGUACCAAAGAGCAGGACCACCAAUUGGGUUUUUAUGAUCAAGCUGAAGCUCCUGCAGAACAAGAACAACCCGACCAAAACGAACAACAUUUGUUAAAACCCAUAACAGAAGGUUCCUGGAAAUUGGAGGAAUUACAUGGUGAAGUUUUACAAUUUCAAACACUGUGUCCAGAAUGUCGUGCCCCCUGUGUGACCAAUAUGAAAAUGACCAACAUUCCUCACUUCAAAGACGUCGUUAUUAUGGCAACUGUAUGCGAUGUGUGUGGUAACAGAACAAAUGAAGUCAAAUCGGGUGGAGGCAUCGAAGAAAUGGGUAGAAAAUUUGAGGUUCGCAUAGAAACUAAAGACGACUUGAUGCGUGAUGUAUUAAAGUCGGAAACUUGCAGUUUAUCAAUACCUGAAUUAGAUUGCUCUGUAGGUCCCUCUGCCUUAGGUGGUCGCUUUACCACCGUAGAAGGAAUCUUAACUGCAAUGAAAGAUCAAUUAGCAGGCAAUGAUGUCAUGUUUCACGAUUCAUCUGAAGAUUCUGCUAAACAAAGAUUUCAAGGUUUUGUAAAGAGAUUCGAUGAAAUUGUCAAUUUGAAAACCGUAGCAACUCUUAUACUGGACGAUCCAGCGGGCAACAGUUACGUACAAUCGCUUACAGACAACGAUGAACUUGAUGAUAAAUUAAAAAUUACUAAAUACGAACGUAGUUAUGAGCAAAAUGAGGAAAUGGGUUUAAAUGAUAUGAAAACUGAACACUACGAGCAACUUGAAUCAAUUGCUGAAUAGAUUAAAUAAACUAAUUCCUAAUUUUAUGUAAUAAUGUUGUCUACUCAUGGCUUCAAUUAUAAUUACUAUACAAUAAAUAACAUUGAUCCUAAAAAGGUCAAAUGAAAAAUAAUAAAUAUGUAACAUAAGUGUAACUUGUGCUUUUUGGAAUUUGAAAUAAAAAACCAAAUAAAACUAUGUAAAAUUUUUAUCAUAUAAAACAAACAGAAA